AUGCUAUGUAUCUUGCUGGUGUCCUUCCCAUACAAUACCCGUACCCCAGACUCACUCACCUGCUGGGGGGUGACUGACUGGACUGUGGGCUGUGGGCUGUGGGCUGUGGGUGAGGUGACGGGCGGAUGCCAGUCAAGUGGGGGAUCGUGGGGAGCGGUGUGUCGACCCUCUACUCUGUGUGGAUGGCCUUUAGUCUUCAUCACAAGACGACACCAUAAUCAAGAUGGGCAACGUGGGCUGCAAUGGGAAAAUACCACCCUACCAUCGGCAGCGCAGCGCUAUCCCACUCAACUACAUCAUCGCAAAGAUUUCUGGUCUGAUUAUUUACGUUUGAUAAUACAGAUAUUGGCCAAGAUCGACUCCCUCACGAUUCAAUGGCUCUCAUUCAAGACAUAUCAAACACUUGGCAUGCUUACUGUGCCUCCCGGAAUUCGGCUUCUUGACUCGCUCGGCACUUGGUCACCAGCACAAUACAGCACAGCACAUGCAAUCUCGUGA